UAUUUCAUCAGCUGCAACUGUAAAGCAAAGAAAUUUCCUACCAAUUCAGCAAAUUAUAUUUAAUGUUGACAAACUAUAUAAAAAGUCUUCACCAAACUAAUUUUUUAUAUUCAACAAUCUAUAAACCUUAUUGGUUCACUCUCAACAUACUUCAACAGCAACAGUUUUCAAGCUCCAUUGAUUCCCAAAACCAACCAGAAUGAGCCAAUUGUUUAGCAGUGGAUUAGAAUUGGCAAAUUUAGUGGUCAACUCAAACUUACUAAAUCUUUCACUUGCUACAAUUUAUGCUCUUCAAUCUGAAGUCAACUCUAAUGAACAACAGCAAAUUUUAACUCUAAAAUGUAAAGUUGAGAAGCAACAGAAUUAUACAAUUGUUGCAUUUGCCACUUCUCCUUGUUGUAGUGUUGGUCAUCUUCAACAAGGUGCUGAUUUGGUCUCAUCAGAAACACUUAAGCAGCAGAAUUUUGGGGUUUUUGAAUUCUUGAGUUCUAAAGGCAAUCCAUCAUUUUGUAUUAAUAGAGCUGCAAUUACCCUUUUUCACCAAUAUAUUGUGGAUUUCUCUACCCUCAAAACCCAGUUAGUUGAUUCAACAACGAGUAAACUACUGGUGGAUACUCCCUUAAUUAUUACUGGAAGCUCACUUGGUGGAUCAGUAGCUUCUCUCUUCACCUUAUUGCUGCUAGACAUCAUUAAUCCAUCUUCCAAGUCGAAGCGUCCACUCUGCAUAACUUUCGGGUCACCUUUGAUAGGCGAUUCAGGACUCCAACGAGCGAUUUCAGAACGUUCCACAUGGAAUUCUUGUUUCUUGAAUGUUGUUGCUCAGCAAGACCCAAUUCCACGUCUUUUCGUCCUAUCUUCUCAAACCGUUACUUAUAGGCCUUUCGGUGCAUUUCUCAUGUGUUCCGAAUUGGGAUGUUCUUGUGUUGAUGACCCUGAAAUGGUUACACAUUUGUUGCAAGUAAUGGGCUUGGAAAGUGGGAUAAGUCAGGUAUCUGAUGAGCCAUUGCUGACUUAUUAUGGGAGAAUAGUGGAGAAUUUGAAAGCUAGAGUUAUCUUUAGGGGAAGGUCAGUGCUCCGUUCAUCGGUUAUGGAUUCGCUUCAGGCAGGCAUUAUUCUACAGUUGGAAGCCAUCGGAGAUCAAAGAUUCCAGCAGCAACAACAGCAUAACACGGAAGUUGCUGAUCUGAUCAAGAAAUUGAAAGAACGCGAACAAAUGUGUAUGCUGAACAAAAGGAGAUCAUUGAAUCCAAGCAGAAAACUUAACGAGAUAAAGAUCAAAAUGGCGUAUCUCGAAUGGUAUAAAAAGACUUGCAAGGCUAAGAACACCGGCUACUACGAUAGUUACAAGAAUCUUUCCAAUACUAGUGACAAAGAAAUCACUAAGCAUAAGAAAUUUCUUACAAACUACUGGAAAAACAUGGUUGAAGAAGCGGAGAAAAAGCCCCAGAAAGAAGGAUCGUCCAUCCGAUCCACGUGGCUUUUCGCUGCAAUAGCGUAUCGGAGAAUGGUUGAACCUCUUGACAUAGCAGAAUACUAUAGGGAGAAUGGCAAAAGAAACUACAAGCAAAUUGGAAGGUCAAAACAUUACUCUCUGUUGGAAAAGUGGCAAAAUGAAGAUAUGGAGAAAACUGCAGACCCUCCAAGCAACAAAAAGAAGCAAAAUGUUUCUGGUAAUUUGACAGAAGAUUCUUGUUUUUGGGCUCAUGUAGAGGAAGCAAUCAUUUCAUGCCACCUGUUGAAGGAUUCGACGUCAAAUGACGUGGACAAACAAUCGUCGAGAGAGUAUUUAGUUCAGUUUGAGACUUAUUUGAUGGAUCAAAUCAAGAAUUAUGCAGUCUCUCCUGAGAUUUUCUUGAAAGAUAGCAGAUUUAUGACAUGGUGGAGUGGAUUUCAGGACAUUGCUUCAAAUGCUUCAUUCAUUGAUUUUAUGAAGUAUAAAAAAUAUGUGCAAUAUGAGAAUGGAUGUUUUUAGUUCUUUAUUGCAUUGUCCUGUGCAAUCCUAUUUUCUCCCUAUGAAAUGUCGGCCGAAAGAGGAAUUUCGAAAAUGUCCGAGUCCGUCAUCGCUCGUCUGAACGAUUUCGUGGAAUUCAGAUUGUAAUUGUCUGCAUUACUCUCAGAAUUGAGUAAUUUGUAAUGUCUAAUUUUGGUUGCAUGGUGAAAUAAGCAUAGAAAGACAAUAUUGGAGGUUAAGCUGCUGAUAAAACUUUGAAAGAUUGUGGAAAAAUAUAGGCCUAAUUACUUAAAAAAAAGGGCUUAUUAUCCAAUAUACCUAAAUUUAGCCCAGGUUUACUUUUA